CCCGCGAGCAGAUUGCCGCAUGUACCUACUGAGUUGUUGACGAUUCUCGCCUCGCCUCAAACAGUCGACACACGAUCUUUGGCCGGAGUACACUGCGCGUUUCUUUUCAACUUUUCCCGGGUCUUUUAUCCAGUGUUGCGAACUAUUCACUCGUUAGCUUAUACACUGUUAAUUUAUCAGGAAGUGAUAAAACAAGUGUCGUAAAGUGUCACCAUACAUUAAGACGUAUAUAUACGUGUAUAUACGUUUUUGACUACUCGGAAGUAUCGUGGAUACCUACAUUUGCUGCCAGCGGCUACAUUGAAACAAAAGAAAAAUGAAACGGUUAUCGAGAUGUUGCUGUUGCUGCAACGUGCGGGACGGCUCCAUCGUGGUGGGCGUGCUGGGCAUCCUACUGUCCAUCGCAACCAUCAUCUUCAUCUGGCUAGCUCCGAGCCACCUUGUCUCCUUCAAAUCCUACUUCUUUGAGGAACAGGAUAAACAGUACAGUAUUUCAAAAAUCAUUAUGACCAUCAGUUUAUGCUUCACGAUACUGAUAUGCAGUGCCCUGAUCAUAGCAAUCAAAAAGCGGCGUUCAUGGCUGAUGCUACCGUUCGUGGUACUGGGUCUGGUGCUGGCCAUUGGGCUGCUCAUCAGCAUUCUGCACACAUCCAUCGUGCUUUACACUGACGAUAAAGAGGAUUACACCAUCUUAGCCACCUGCAUACUUGUGGGCGGCUUGAUCUAUCUAAUUCUUUAUUUGUACCUGUGGGUCGUGGUAUUCAGCCAUUACCUGGACACGCGUGACGAAGAAGAACGAGGACGGUACAGCAAGAGCCCUUACAGACGAUAGAAACGAACAACGACCCCUCGAUGUAUGAGACUAAAAUAAUUUAAGGCGCCUAACACCUCCAGUGACCUAGUCACAUUGAACGGGACGCUUAGAAGUUAUGGAGCUCUGUUAACGUGGUCAUACUGUAUAAAUACAAACAGAUGAGAGAAAAUAAAUAUAUACCUAUCAAACACUCCAGUGAUCAGACUUCAGACGGGCACAUCUGCGAAACAGUGUGAAAUGUUUUCUAUUUCUAUCAAGGCUACGCUAGUGGCUGUGCUGCCGUAUUCCUUUUUUUUACUUUUUAAUCUGCCAGAAUCUAGUCCCGGUCGCACCUAAUUAUAUGGGGGCUGCAUUUGAAUGUGUUUCUAAAAAAAAUUGAUUAAAAAAAUUGAUUGACCUACGUUUGGUUAAAACCAAAAUGUUCAGAUGUUCUGAUUCAUAUGCCAAGAUUAAUCUGAUUGAUAUAGUUUCAUUUUCAUUUAAUACGUCUUGGGCGUACAAAAUGUAUGUAUAACGUUUAUUAAGUACAUAUUAAAUAUGACAUAUACAUAUUUUUAAUAAUUAAACUAUCAAAUAAGAUUACCGAAAAGCUUUUAAUUACUCAAAUCGAAUUGCUCUUUUAGAAUACAAAUUCGGAAGCGCUUUAGGUGGUGUACUCGUAUUUCAAUACAAAAAAUAAUAGUGCCAUAAACACGAAAUAAAGGUACAAUUCGAAUUGAGCAUGUGACAAAGAUACGUGACUCUAUAAACAUAUACUUAUUUAUAGAUGCUAAUAAUGUCACGGUACGACAUUUCGACCUAUGUCAAAAAUAGCUGUAUGAUGAUUGAUGAUUUAGCGCCGUCAACUUCUGCCACUUUCUCGAGUCAAAUUGGGCCCCGAGUUCCUGCUGAAAAUAUCUGAAAUAAAAUGUGAUUGUUUAACAUUUAAAUAUACAUUAUAUAUACGAUUGCUUAUUGCAUUAUCGAAAAAAAAAUUACUGCCAACAUUUCGCCCUUAGCAACUUAUUAUUAAAUGUUUUUUGUGUAAACUGCCGCACCAACUGUACCAGCCGUAACAGCCAAUAAAAACAGGUUUGAAUUUGGAAUUUAUUGCGAGAGAAUACGGUAGAGUUGAGUGAGUUUACCAUUACCAAUGGUGCCCAUGGCUGUUAUGCGUAGGGCUGUCAAGUGCCUUAUUCUAGCUUAAGAGCAAAGUUGAGUAUUUGACGGAUAAAGUCAACUAAGUACCUACUUUGUACGAGAUGUAAGAACUUGAUAUAUGGGGGAAUUAAAAGCAACGACAACACACUUAAAAAAUAUGAACUUAUUGUCAAAAUGUUUUUUUUUUCUAUUUGGGAGAUGUCAACUGUCAUAUAAUGAUUGUGUCUGGUUGCCGCCAGCCAUACUCACAAUCAACUUGUUCAUAUAUGUUCACACGUAAAGUUACACUCAGGCACAUACACUGGACAUGUACAUACGAAUCGUAAGUCAGUCCUCGCAGUAUGAAUAUCAACAUCCUUAAAUUUCUAUGAAAAAAAUAUUAGAUCAUUUGUCGAGUAAUAGUAUAGUUGUUGCAAAAACAGUUUACCUAUUAAAAUAUGUACUAAUAAAAUACUCAUCAUAGAUCUGUAAUUUGAUGUAAUUUAGGUAUUAUAGGAAUUAAAUGCUACAUUAAAUGGAAGUUGAAUACAUUUAUAAAUAUUUUGCAUUUCCUGUGACUUCUUAUAGUAGUGAAUCAUUUUAAAGGAUGAUCGAAUAUACCUACUGAAGUAAAAUAUUGUUUUGCGAAUGUAAAACUAAUGUAAAAUGACUGACAGUCAAUACUUCUACUCUACUCUAGUAUAAAAUAAUAUAUACACUGACCAGUUUGAUUAUUUUUUUGAUUAUUUAAAGAGUAAAAGAGUCUACUAUUAUAGAUCAUAAUGUGCAACACAUAAUGCGUAGGUACGUAUUUUUAACGCACAAAUUAGUCAUGCUUAUAAUCUGAAACUUGAAUAAAUAAACUGGAUUAUGUACAAAAAAAAGUUAUAUGUACUUUGACGAAUGCUAAUCAGUUAUCAUUUGCGUUUCAUCGAUAUUUUUUACAGAAUAUUAUAAGUAAGAUCUUCACAAUACCUAAUUUAUAUUUGUAAAGAUACAUAAUAACUUAUUUCGUUGUUUAUUAGUGUUUAUUGAACAUAAUAAAGUACAAUUUUAAUAAACGUUGUAAUAAAUGCUUAA